AUGCAAUCGCACCACGUGCUGCGCAACUCCUUCGAGUGGGAGACACUUCCAUGGGAGGAGAUUGCUGAGGGUGAAGACGGCAAAGAGCGUAAUCCUGAGGACUCCGGUCACAGGUACAUCCAACCGGAGCUGGUGGCGGAUUUGCCCGGCAAGUCAUCCUAA